AGCGACCGCAUCAUCCAUUUGCCUGGCCUCAGCAUCUGGUAUCGCCACGACGCCGUGCCAUCUCCUUUUUCUUCAAUCACUCCCCCGCUAUUCUUUACAUUGUAUCUGGCAUUUUUUCCGAUUAUAGUCGUACGCGCGUGUGUCUUGGACGGUCGAAUAGAGGUCGUGGAAGGCGGUGGAAGUGUUGAGUUGCCUCGGAUCAACAGCUGCAGUCAUGGCUUUCCAAUCGUCUGCUUUGCCGGUAAGGGUUCUUGGUAUUCUGGGGGAGCAAGGGGUUUGGGAGAGGUAUGAUGGAUGGAGUGAUGGACUGUGCUGAUGAGGUUUAUAGGGUCUGGCGGCGGCGACUACGGAGAUGUGGCCUGCGAUGUCGAAUGCGAUGGGCGCGCCAUGGAGGGUCUUUGGUCAGCAGAAGCAAAGUACACCGAUAUCAAGACGAAGUGAACAAAGAGAGUCUGUAGUGAAGGCUGUGGAUGUGCCUGCGGUGCCGUUGACAUCCAGAAUCGAACUUCCAGAAUGUCUGCGAGAUCUUCCAACAAACUUCUCUUCGAAAAUGAUUCCGCAAAUACCUUCGCAAACGUCCUUCAAUAUUCGUCACACUCUUGCGGCGAUGCCGAAAGGCCCGUUCGCCGCUGCGAAUCCCAUUACCCGCCGAGUAUUUUUUGCAUCUCAGACACGCCAAAUGUCGACCGGACUGCUCCAACGUCACUUUCAGAAACCGGAUAUGCGAUUUGCUAGCCUGCAAAAGAGGACUAUAUUUGGUAGCAACUCCUCCCGAAGUACACUUGCGCAUUUGGAGGAGACGGCCAACAAGAACCCGAAUAGCGCCACUUCGCAAUAUGCCUUCUACCAAGCCUUGAUACGUGCCGAUAUGCCAGCUAUUGUUGUCGAGAGAUACGAGACGAACCAAUUCGCAUCUAAUACUGCUUCUGAGAACUUGUACCAUCGGGCUGUGGGGAUGAUGGGCAAGGGUGGAAAUGCUGCAAAUAUGAAUCACUUUGGAGGACAAAAUGCUGGCCUCAACAACUCCCAACUUCAGGCUAUCGGACAGGCAGUCGCGGCAAACUCUCGAGGUGGCAACGUUGCUGUUUCCCGUGGUUCGAACGUGGCCAAUGGUUCCAACCAGGGGCCUCUCCAUGUUGUGGUUGAGGAAACUAUCGGCGGCACUAUCUUCAAAUGGGUCAAAUUCAUUCUCUAUUUCGGUCUCUUCACUUAUCUCAGCUUGAUCAUUGUCGCAAUGGUCAUCGAGACUUUCCAAACUUUCAAGAAAGUGGGAAAGAAUGACAACGAGGCUAAGGCGGAACACCAAAAUGUCCGAUUUUCCGAUGUCCACGGCUGUGACGAGGCAAAGGAAGAACUCCAGGAAUUAGUUGACUUCUUGAAGAACCCUGACAAGUUCUCUACUCUCGGUGGCAAGCUUCCUAAGGGUGUCUUGCUCGUUGGCCCUCCUGGUACUGGAAAGACUCUCCUCGCGCGAGCUGUUGCCGGUGAAGCUGGCGUACCGUUCUUCUUCAUGUCUGGUUCUGAAUUCGAUGAGGUGUAUGUUGGUGUUGGAGCCAAGAGAGUUCGUGAGCUUUUCGCCGCUGCCAAAGGGAAAUCACCUGCUAUCGUCUUCAUCGAUGAACUCGACGCCAUAGGAGGCAAGCGGAAUUCUCGUGAUGCUGCUUAUGUUAAGCAAACCCUCAACCAGUUGCUCACUGAACUUGACGGAUUUGAGCAGAACAGCGGGGUCAUCAUUCUUGCAGCAACCAACUUUCCGGAACUUUUGGAUAAGGCUCUGACUCGUCCUGGUCGAUUUGACAGAAAUGUCGUUGUUGGCCUACCUGACGUUCGUGGUAGAAUGGCGAUUCUUCAACAUCACAUGAAGAACAUUAUCACUUCCAAGGAUGUUAGCCUUGAGAUUUUGGCUGCUGGAACGCCCGGCUGCUCCGGAGCCGAGUUGGAGAACAUCAUCAACCAAGCAGCAGUCCAUGCCAGUAAGGCAAAGGCCCAAGCCGUGUCCAUGUUUGACUUUGAGUGGGCCAGAGAUAAGGUCAUGUGGGGUGCAGAGAAGAAGGGCAUGUUCAUCACACAGGCAGAAAAGGAAGCUACUGCAUAUCACGAAGCUGGCCAUGCUCUGGUUGUCAUGUUCACACCUGGUUUCGCUCCUCUUCAUAAGAUUACGAUCAUGCCUCGUGGUCAGACAUUGGGCGUGACUAUGCAUCUGCCUAAGAUGGAUAAGUAUUCUGAGGGUCGUGAUGAGUUAUUGGCUCAGUUGGAUGUUUGCAUGGGAGGUAAAGUUGCAGAGGAGAUCAGAUAUGGCCCCGAGAAAGUGACCAGUGGUGCCUACAGUGACCUUCAAAAGGCAACACAGGUCGCCUAUGCAAUGGUCACCCAAUUUGGCAUGUCGGACAAACUAGGCAAUGUAGACCUUGCAUCCAACCACGGUCAACUAUCGGCUGGUACUCGGGAAUUGAUCGAAUCAGAAGUCCGCCAUCUUAUCGACGAGGGACGGAGUCGUGCCAUGAAGCUACUUCUCAGCAAGCGGAAGGAACUCGAUCUACUCGCCAAAGCUCUUGUCCAGUACGAAACGCUUGACAAGGAGGAGGCGUUUAAGGUCAUCAAGGGGGAGAAGCUAGAAGGAAAGCUCAUCAUGCCAGCUGGCCCUAUGAAAGUCCCAGAGGUCGGAACACCGAUAUCAGGGGGCGAUCUUCCAAGUAUCCCUCCCAUUCCGGGGAGCCAGCCUGAGAAGCCAGCUGAGAAGGGACCGCCUACUGGAGGAGCUGUAGCAUGAGGGAAGAAAGUGGAUGUGGAUGAGGAAAAUCACUGCUCAUUGGAGGCGUUUAGGCGACGAUCGAUAUAUGCUGUCAUACUUCUUGUUACAGGCAGUUGAAAAUUGUGUUCUAUUAGUGAGCAAAUCAAUCAGCAGCAGCAGCAUCUUUUUGAUAGGUGGCCGAUUGGACUGCUUCAGCAUAACACAGCCCUUUCUUUUGUGGUAUCAAGAUGAGUAGGAGGGUUGGGAAAGGCAAGGAGAAGCCAGAGAGGGAAGGCAGAUCAGAGGAUUAGGUCGACUGUCCUGUGUAGGAUAGAUGCCAUAGCGUGAAUGAAAACUUAUCGAUUCGAGAUUGUUGAUGUUAUCCUGACGUCCACCGGUAUUUGCACAUCAAUUAUUUAUUUGUGGAACCAAUAUCUAUG